AAAUUUCACAGCUUUUAAUUAAAAUAAUUUGUGCGUAUUGAUUAAUUUGAUAAGUUUUGUGCAUUUAUCUGAAAUUUGAUCAAAAUUGUGAUUGGAACUCAAUAAGCAACCAUCACCAGAAGCGGAUUAAAAAUUAUUAACAUCCCUGUUUUCAAUUAUGGCAAUUACAGUGGAAGUGACGUUUGCGCUUUGCCAUUUUCCAGUUCAAGUUGGAAAUUUUUUCCAUAUUGAUUAGUUAUGUCGCUUUUAUUGUUUACUCAAAGUUUUUUGUUAUAAAUUUUGUGCUAAAAUCGUUUCGAAAAACUUUAGUUGAAAUAUUGAUUUCAACUGUUUUUGAAUUGUUAUUACGUUUUGUUACAUUUCGAAUAUCUUGAACUAUAAUAAAUUAAGUGCAAGUGUAGAGAAUAAAUAGUGGAAGAAGAAGAAAAAGUGUGAAAACGGCAACAACGUCGGCGGCAGCGACGACGGCAAAUAACUGCGAUUGAUAGGACAGUCGCAAAAUAACCACAGAUGUCCACGGGAGUGGGAGGCGGAGGGAGCAUAACGACAGAUCAUCAUAGCCGCUUGUAUUUCCUUAACUCACCUACGGCACCGCUGUCCGCACGCGAUCCCUUCCUUAUCAAGCCAGAAUACCUCAGCUAUGAGAAUCCCAUGCACCAUCUCUACCCGAAUAAUAGAGGACUCAUAGACUAUAAUAAUUAUACGGUUACAGCGGCUGCAGCAGCAGUUAGCGCAGCGGCCGCUUCCUCAGCUAAUAGCAACAACAGUAACGUUAAUAAUAACAACUCAUCAGCCUCGUCCAAUAAUAACAAUUCAGCCAAUUCAGUGGCAGCCGUUGCAUUAAAUUUGGAAAAUACUUUCCAUCAGCAAGCGCAAAUACAACAGCAGCACUUACAGCAAACUAACGGCCAGACUACACAUCCCCUGCAUCACCACUUAAGUACUGGAACCGGUCAAUCCACACGCGCCCAAAAAGCCGCACGUCGCCGUAGUAACGAAUCACCGGAAGCACGUCAACGUAGGCUGGAGCGUAACGCGGCUAGAAUGCGUGAGAAGCGGGCCAAGGAAACGGAGGCCGAGUACCGGCUACGUCUGGCGAAAAAUGCCGAAGCCAAUCGUAUACGGCGCCAGAACGAAACCGAUGUACAAAGAACCCUAAGACUGAUGAAGAAUGCGGCACGUCAGCGAUUGAGACGAGCCAGUGAAACGGCAGAGGAACGAAAAAAACGUCUGGCUAAGGCCGCCGAACGUAUGCGUGUAGCGCGCGCCAAGCAACCGAAAGUGCCCAAGCCGCCCCUGGCGGAUCGUCUCAAGGGUUACUAAAAAACAGAACGGAGCAUAAAUUAGAGCAAAUAAGAACAUAAAAAUAUUUAAAAACAAAAAACAAAAAAAAAAA